CUCUCUCACUUGGCAUAGUUGUGCCCUCUUUUUUUGGGUGAAAAAUCUCUCGUAAAGAAUAAAUACAAGAGAGCUGAGAGAUGGAGGAUGGUAAAGUAGCGGUUAAAUCAUCGAAAUUUAAAAGGGUUUGUGUGUUUUGUGGUAGCAGUACUGGCAAAAGAGAUUGCUACCGUGAUGCUGCUCUUGAACUUGGCCAAGAAUUGGUCUCAAGGAGCCUGGAUCUUGUUUAUGGUGGAGGCAGUGUUGGACUAAUGGGAUUAGUUUCCCAGGAGGUUCAUCGAGGUGGAGGACAUGUCAUCGGGGUCAUCCCUAAAACUCUGAUGAGCAAAGAGCUGACAGGGGAAACAGUAGGGGAGGUCAGGCCAGUAGCAGACAUGCAUCAAAGAAAAGCUGAGAUGGCCCGCCAUUCUGACUGUUUUAUUGCCUUACCAGGUGGGUAUGGAACCUUGGAGGAGUUAUUGGAAGUCAUCACAUGGGCCCAACUUGGCAUCCACGACAAGCCCGUGGGUUUGCUUAAUGUGGAUGGCUACUACAAUUAUCUGCUGACUUUCAUAGACAAGGCAGUGGAUGAUGGGUUCAUCAUGCCCUCUCAGCGCAGUAUUAUUGUCUCUGCCCCAAAUGCUAAAGAGCUUGUUCAGAAACUUGAGGAAUAUGUACCUGUGCAUGAUGGGGUUGUAGCCAAGGCUAAGUGGGAGGCAGAACAGAUGGAGCUUAAUGCAUCUUUGCAGACUGAAAUUGCUCGUUAGUUACCAGAAACCAUUUGAUACGGUUUCUCUUUUUUUCUUUUAGGAUUUUAUUAAAAUUAUCUAGGGUUUUCUCCUCUUCAAUUUGUAUUUAUUGGUCUAGAAAGGAAGAGGAUAAUCUCCAAGGAGGAAAAAAAAAAAAAAGGAAAAGGAAAUUUGGUAGGUGGUUGUUAGCUUUAUCAUGUAUUGAAAGAAAAUGGCAAAUGUUGUGUUCUUUCAG